CACAUUGUAUUGCGUGUUAGUGACAUGCCUUAACGCAAGCAAUGACUGUCAGCUACGGCAGUCUCAUAGCAACCGUCAAGUAUGGGUCAUUUUUCCGUCUGCUUUUUCGAUGGCGUGGAAGUCUUUAUAAAUUAGUAUGGCCCGGUUUACUAGUUUACUGCUUCUUUUACGCCGUUGUAGCGAUCGCUUAUCACUCUAUACCAGAUGAACCGGAAUAUCGGAAUGCCAGGCUUCUUUUUGUCCAAAUAUGCUACAUCGCUGGACGUGUAACAAAUGCUGUCCCAUUAUCCUUCGUUUUGGCAUUUUAUGUGAACUUGGUAGUUAGUCGAUGGUUGCAGCAGUUCCUUUGUUUACCAACUCCUGAUGCGAUAUGCGUACUUUUAUCGGCCUAUUUAGGUGAAAAUCCUAAUCUCAAUGAUCACAAAAAAACAGAAAACAGCGAAGAAAGAGCGUUGAUUUUCAGAAGGACGAUUAGCCGUUACGUCAACUUAGCUUCUGCUUUAUGCUUUUGCUCAAUAUCUGUUGGCAUGAAACAACGAUUCCCGACUCUUGAUAGUUUGGUCAUAUGUGGCUUAAUGACUGAACAAGAACUAGAAAUUUAUUCCAACUUGGAAGAGUCAACAAGCAACUUUUUCGUUCCAUUGGUAUGGGCCAUUUCUCUGAUUACGAAAGCUCACGAAGAAAAUAUGAUACGCGAAGAAAGACACGUGGAUGCAUUAGUCAAUCAGGUGGUAGAGUUUUGGGAAAAGUUGUAUAAACUGUGCAUGUACGACUGGGUAAAUGUACCUUUAGUUUACAAUCAGGUUGUAGCGCUGGCUGUGUACAUUUACUUUGCUGUUACAAUUUUCGGUCAUCAGUUUAUUGAUGCCCCUUCAAUCCUACCGCAUAUGCCAACCAGAGUCAAUUCAUCUAAUUUAACAUCUGUCAGCAAUAAUAAUGAUGUCAGCAGUGUUAUUCUCAACAAUCCUGCCAAUAAUACAAAUAUCAAUAGUGGUUUAUCAUUUCCUAGAGUAUUACCAAAUAUUCCAGUAUUCACAAUUCUUUCUUUUAUUUUUUACAAUGGCUGGCUUAAGGUAGCUGAGUCACUUGUUUCACCGUUCGGUUUAGAUGAUGAUGAUUUUGAAGUUGUUCCAUUGUUGGAAAGGAAUUUAAAUACAAGUUUAUAUUUUGUAGAUACAUGUAUUUCCGAUUCGAAUUUAAUUCCCGAAUUAGUUAAAUCUGGUUGUAAAAUCGAUAUUGAAACUGAUGAUGAUGAUCAUACUGAUGGUACUGCUGUCAGUGAUUCAGAUUAUUAUAGUCGACUUAAUAUCCCUGGUAGUCGUCAAAGGAGAAUUAGUACAAAGUCAAAAGGUGGUGUUAGUCGAAGAGGCAGUUUUCUGUCACCUUAUUCGUAUGAUGAAAAUGAUCUAUCAACACCUCAUACUUUUGAAUCACCUAUGGAUAAUGAAUCACCUUGGCCUGAAUUACCACCUACUCGUCAACGUAAACCGUCACAUACAGCUUUUAUUGGAUCAUUGGAAGUAGCUGAAGCUACAAAAGAAGGUAAUUUAAAUUUUUCUCCUUCACUGCACUCUUUAACACCUGAUCAACAGAGUCCACAUUUACAUCCUGAUACAUUAAUUACUUCAGUAGGAUCAUCAUUUCACCGUUUAGGAUCCAAAAUUAAGAAAUUGUCAUUCAGUCGAUCAAAUACUCCAGUUAUUCACGAAUUAAAUAAUCUUAAUACAGAAAUUCUAAGUUCAAAUCGUUCAGAUAGUGUUGCAUCAAGUGAAGAUAAAUUUAAUUCUAAAGAUGCUUAGAAAAUUGAAUAUAUAAAAAAAAGAGGAAACUGCUUAUAUUCCAAAUCUUUUCUCUUGCCUGCCUUUUUGUCAUCUUGUUAAUACUUUCCAUUCAAGCAUUUGUUCGGUUUUUGUAUGUUUAUUACAAAGUUAUCAUAUAAAACAUCGACACAAACAAACAUUACCUCAUGUGUUUGUUUUUCUUUUUACAACCGUAUGACUGUGUUAUUAUUUGCUGUUUACUAACUUGGAUUGUAUUUAAACUGAAAAUAACGUGUAUGUUUUAACAUAGUCUUCAUCCUAUUAAAUAAACUCGUAUUUGGAAAGAAGCAAUCGCGCAAUCAUUUCACAUUCCUCUCCUAUUAAGUGUUCCUUGUCUCCAUCCUGUUGUAAUUUUUCUGAGAAAAAUCAGAAAUUGCAUUAUUUUUAAAAUUAUUUUAAAUAGUUUAAUGACAUAUAGAGACUUUUCAAACCGUACAUUGUGUAUAAUAAAAAACUUUUCU